AUUUGCAGGGACUAUGCCUACCCAAGACCUGUUGCCAUAGCAGUGGCUCAGCUUGUAAUGUCAGUAGGACACAUCUUCUUUGCAUACGGAUGGCCUGGAGCUAUGCAUAUCGGCACAUUAUUGAUUGGACUCGGAUAUGGUGCUCACUGGGCCAUCGUCCCAGCCACUGCCUCUGAGCUCUUUGGCCUAAAGAAGUUUGGAGCUUUAUACAAUUUUCUGACGCUUGCCAACCCGGCUGGGUCCUUGGUCUUUUCGGGUCUGAUUGCAAGUUCCAUUUAUGACCGCGAAGCAGAGAAUCAAGCUCACGGGUCCAUGUUCAAUCCUGACCACGUCCUGAGAUGCCAAGGUUCCAUCUGUUACUUCUUGACGUCACUCAUAAUGUCUGGAUUCUGCCUCAUUGCAGCCGCCUUGAGUAUGAUUCUUGUGCAACGUACCAAAUUGGUUUACACAAAUCUCUACGGCAAAACCCGCAGCUGAUUUUAAGAUACCAUAUUACGAAUUCGACCAAGAAAAAAAGGCUUGGUUCUUUGAUUUCAUACCUAUGAUUGUGUUCAUCAUCUUAUUCUUUGGCUUGGUCGUCGACUUCCACAUGCAUGUGUAUUUGUUUAUGCAACAAAUUUUUUUGCC